UGAAACUGAUGUUUUAGGACUCGGAGAGAUGACAGUUGCACUAUAAUAGCUUUCGUUUUCUUCAAAGCUGACAACAAAUAACCAUAGACCAAGCGCACCAACAACAUUUAUUCAAAGCCGCUGUUUCUAUUCAAGGAUACUGAUCAUACGUGGAUGAGGGUAUGGAUUAUUUAGACAUGAUGGAUCCCUUUUGGAUCCCCCAACACUAUUAUCCAAAUGAGAAAGUGAACACAGACAAUAAAACCAUACUCUAUUAUGGUUUGCACAAUCAAGGGGCAACCUGUUAUUUGAACAGUGUGCUGCAGGUCCUCUUCAUGACUAAGGGCUUCAGAGAGGCUGUGGAAAGCCAAGAGCAGGUUAAUGUUGAACAGAACACGUUUGAUCUUCAGCUGAAAUGUUUGUUUGAGACUUUAAAGAAAAAACAAACUCACACUAAAGAUGUCACAUCAAAACUGGGCAUUGAAAAGGUGUUCGAGCAAGGUGAUGCUGCUGAAUAUUUUGAGAAGAUUUUAAACAAGGUCAAUCCGGCUGUGUCUAAGGUACUGCUUCGCUCAACAAAUAUAUUUCAAGGACAUUUGAGGCACACUGCCACCUGUUCUCUAUCUGACCGUCAUGUGAACAGUGAUGAAGUUGGUCCAUUUUGGACUGUGCCACUCUCAAUGGAAGAUAACAACUACUACAGUGUGAGAGAUGGUUUUGAGGAUUUUUUCAAGUCUUCAACUGUCAGUGGUGACAAUCAGAUAUACUGUGACUACUGCGAUGGGAAAACAGACGCAAUCCUUGCAUGUGAGAUGGAAUGUCCCCCAGAGAUUCUGACUCUGCUCCUCAAGAGGUUUCAGUUUGACUACCACAGAAUGUCAUAUGUCAAAAUUGAGAGCUGUGUGGAGGUGCCUCACACGUUACAGACAAAGGACUGUGACUAUGAACUCUAUGCAGUUGUGGAUCAUGUGGGAGGUCUAAGAGGUGGACAUUACACUGCUAGAAUCAAGUCCUAUCAGAAUCAUAACUGGUAUGUGUUCGAUGACAGCUACGUCACACAGCUCAUUUCAAAACCAUUUGAACAAGAUGAGAGUUUUAGGUCCCAGAGUGCGUACCUGCUUAUGUACAGGAAAUUGGAUUCUCCAGAUCGUCAGAUGAACCAUGAAACCGACCACAAAAGUUCAUUCAGUGACUCUCAACAAUCUACUCCUUCCUGUUCCUUUGAGACGGGAGCCAGCGGAACAAGCGAAGAAAAAGAGAGAAAAGUUCAAUCAAAUCAAUCUAUCAAUCCAGUUGACUUGGUAGGGAGAACAGACGUUGUCCCAGAGGAAAGACAGAAAGAUGAUGGAAAGGUUGUUGAUAUGAUAAGACAGAUGAACAUAAAAGAUAGGAGUGUAGAGGAUAACGUUGCUGCUACUGAUGAUAAAGAUAAUUAUUUGAAUGGAGAGAAAGAACAGAAAGUAGGGGAUGAUGUUGUUGGACAAAAAGAACAGGAAGGUGAAGUGGCCAAUGUUGAGGUGCAAAUGAAUGAUGAACGGAGCAGGGAAGAGGGUAUGACAAGAAAGUAUCAUGGUGUGAAAGGAGAACUGGAAAAAAAGGAGGAAGGUGGACAGAAUCAAAGAGAUAAGCCAAAGAAAAGGGAGGUAACAGUUGUGGAUGUUAUGAAUGAAGCUGGACAGAAUCAAAGAGAUAAGGCAAGGAAAAGGGAGGAUAUUGUUGUGGAUGUUGUGGAUGAAGCUUUACAGAAUCAAAGAGAUAAGGCAAGGAAAAGGGAGGAUAUUGUUGUGGAUGUUGUGGAUGAAGCUGGACAGAAUCAAAGAGAUAAGCCAAAGAAAAGGGAGGUAACAGCUGUGGAUGUUGUGAAUGAAGCUGGACAGAAUCAAAGAGAUAAGGCAAAGAAAAGGGAGGAUAUUGUUGUGCAUGUUGUGGAUGAAGCUGGACAGAAUCAAAGAGAUAAGGCAAGGAAACGGGAGGAUAUUGUUGUGGAUGUAGAUAACGUCUUGGAAAAUGGAACAGAGGGUGAUGUGAUGAAUAGAAAGGAUGUGGUUGUGACGGACAGAGAUGGAGAUAAUAAUGAGAGAAAGAGGAAUAGAGAUGGUGCAGCAAAGACAAAGCCAGGUAGAAUAGUAGAUGACACUGGGGAUGAUAGAACAGCAGAAGUAAAUGGCGGUGAGCUAAAGACAAUACAGGUUGAAGUGGCAAAGUUAGGAGAGGAUUGUGAUGUGACAACGAUGAGUCAAACUAACCACAGUAAAUAUCCCAGUUCCGUUGGUACAUUUCAGAACAGACUGACAGCCACCCCAGAGGAGACAACAACAUGUUUUUGCUUCAAGAGAAAAAGAAAGGGAGGGGUAAAGAUCAGUGAACAUGACAAAAGGAAGAAAUGGAAUUGGAGACGAGCAGAGAAGGUGAAAAGAAGAGUAUGUUAGGAGGAUGUUAGGAGGACAGAGUAGAAAAGAGAAAAAGAAGGAAAAGGCAAAUAGAAAGAAACAAUUGAAAAGAGAUGAGGAAAUAAAGAAAAGCUCAUAGAGAGAAUAAAGGAGGUAAAGAAGAACCCAGUGGGAAAGAGAAAAGGUUACCUUGAAGUUUAAGUUGAUACUAAUAAAAAUAAUUGAAUGGAAGUCAUGAGAAUGGUUCUAUCUAAAACUAAGUAAUGAAGAUGUAAGUAAUGAACUUUGAUGAUAUGCUCAAUUGAACCAAAUAAGGAUUAGUGAGACAGCUGUGAUAAAUUGCUCUUCUAAUUACACCAAACUGACAUGUAAAAUAUGAAUGAUUGCCAAGUUCAUACUAUGACUAAGUAUCAAAACAGUGAUAGAACAGCAGUAGCCUAAAUACUGCAGAAUAGGCUAUACCUUUAGAUGGCUAAACAGGAGUUACUUAAAUCAAAAGUGAUGUUAUAGGAGAUAUAACAGCUGCAACAUGUUGUUUUCUUCAGAGCUGAAAACAAAUAACCAUAGACCUAAAGCACACCAACAACACUUCUUCUAUACCGCAUACUAUUCAAGGAUUAUUGUUUGAAUAACUUUAUUCACUAUUAUGUGUCGAUUUUUAUCUUGCUUUUUUUCACUCUUUAUGCGGAGAACACCUGAAGAACAAUUAUCACUGAAUUAUCACAGUACAUUUUUGUAAUGUUUGUUUACGUGUCAAUUAAUCCCAUAAUGGAUGCGUUGCCAACUGCCAAUUUAACACGAAAAUACAAUUUUAUUCAUAUAUAUAUAUAAAAAAAAGGCCAAUUUUACUAAACUAUUUAGCUACCUUACAGUGAACAUAUAUAGGAUCUUAAUUGGCCCUGUACUGUCGCAGCAAAAUAAUUCUGCAGCAACAGGAUUUGAACGUUUAGUCCAUAAUAUCGUUUGAUCGGUGGUUAGGCUAUUAGCUGGUCAAAAUGAGGCUACAUGAAAAGUGGAAUACUGUUCAUAUAAACAAAGCUCUUCUCCAUUUCCUGCCAUGCAGGAAAAUUCUAAGCAACACAAGAGUGAUCAAAUUAAUAUCCAACAUCUGUACAAAUUGCGAAAGAAACACCCAGAACAGAUCACUCUCAAAGUCGCUGUUUCCAAGGAGAGCUGUUUGACUUGCGUCCGUUGAUUUAUUCAUCAAAUAUUCCUAUAAGUGAACACAUCGAUAUUGUAAACCUUCAGGAAGUCAAUUUGAAAUGCACAUUCAAUGGAAACGUUUUAAUAUAAAAUAAGUCACAUGUUUUCCCAUCAACAGAUCUUUUCAAUUAGAUGAUGGUACAGAUUAUUUAGACAUGAUGGAUCCCUUUUGGAACAACCAAUACGGGUUUUUCAUUACUGUGUGUAUCAAUAAUGGUCCACUGCCCAAAGGACAUCCAGACAACUUGACAAAACUGUGGGAAGCAUUGGAGUCAACAAGCAUCCCUAUGGAACGCUUUCGUCCAUGCCCCGACGAAUUGAGGGAAAAAGGGGGGGUGCAACUCAAUAAUAGGAAGGUGUUCUAAAUGUUUUGUACACUCAGUGUAUAUGUCUUUGUUAGAAAGAAUACUAUAUUUCCCUUGACGGUGUGAUGCUGAAUGUAAAAAAAUGCUCUCUGAAUUUUUAAAAAUCUGAUUGUCACCACUGUCAGUUGAAGGCUUGAAAAAAUCCUCAAAACCAGCCCUCUAAAAAAACAAACAACAUUUGAUCUUGCACCUCCAACAUUUUGCCUCAACCAAUUUGCCACAUCAUAUCAAAUUAUAAUAUCAUUAUCUUACAAUAUGAGGCAACAUUUUAUUUGUCCCCCCUACUCCAAAAUACAGUGAAUACAUACAUGCACAACUAUGCUCUUAAUUAAACUCCAUAAGACACAUUGCAUACUAAAUGCCAUUUGAAGUAUUUGACAGCCUUGUACAUAGAACAUGUGAGAGUUGCUAUAAUAGGUGAAUUAGGCGUUACCCUACCACACUGUAGUAGUUGUUAUCUUCCAUUGAGAGUGGCACAGUCCAAAAUGGACCAACUUCAUCACUCUUUACAUGCUGAUCAGAUAUAGAACAGGUGGCAGUGUGCCUCAAAUUUCCGUGAAAGAUCUGAAAAGAAAUACUUCAAUCAGUCAGAGUUUUCACCUGGAUUCACCUGGUCAGGUAGGUCAUGGAAGAGCACGUGUUUAUAAUGUUUGGUACACAGUGUAUUCCUGGAAAUAAUCAGAAUUCAUGUAAACAUUACAGUUUUGAAAACAUAGUUUGUCCAAAAACAGUAGUCUCUUGGCACAAUUUACCCCGGGUAUGGAGGUUGAGCCUUGGGUAAGUUAAGCCGCCUACAAAUGUCUGUACUGA